AUGUCCAAGGCUAAAGUUGGCCCCGAGGAGUUAGCUACAGUUCCCUCACAGAUCGGAGAAAUUCACAAUGGCACGAGUUAUACUCACGAUGCUGUUUUUGGGGAUAUCACCGACGACGGCCCCAACUAUCGUAACGUUGGAUGGCUCGGAACAACCGUUCUGAUGCUCAAGACCCAGAUUGGCCUCGGUGUCCUCUCAAUUCCAAGUGCCUUUGACAUAUUGGGCCUCGUUCCAGGGGUCAUCAUCUUGUUAGUUGUUGCGGUUAUCACGACGUGGUCGGACUACAUGAUCGGAGUUUUCAAGCUUCUCCAUCCCACAGUCUACAGUAUCGACGAUGCCGGUGGAUUAAUGUUUGGUCACAUUGGCCGUGUGAUGCUUGGAUUCUCGUUCUGUCUUUAUUGGACCUUCGUAGCUGGAUCUGGUAUCCUAGGUAUAUCGAUCGGGCUCAAUGCUGUUUCUACCCAUGGUACAUGUACAGCUGUCUUCGUUGCCAUUGCCACUGCCGUAAGCUUCGUCCUGGGUAGUAUUCGUACGCUCGGCCGCAUCAGUUGGCUUGCGUGGGUUGGCGUCACCUGUAUCCUUACUGCUAUCCUCAUUGUGACCAUUGCUGUUGGUAUACAAGAUCGUCCCAGCGCUGCGCCACAGAGUGGUCCCUGGAAAUCAGACUAUAAAAUUGUCAACAACCCUAGCUUCAGCGAUGCCAUGUCUGCUGUGUCCUCUAUCGUCUUCGCGUACGCGGGAACACCGGCAUUCUUCGCCAUCGUAUCUGAAAUGCGCGACCCUCGCAAAUAUACUCGAUCACUACUACUAUGCCAGGGUGGUGUAACGGCCAUAUAUAUCACAAUUGGCUGUGUUGUCUACUAUUAUUGCGGGUCUUAUGUUGCUUCGCCCGCCCUUGGCUCCGCUGGUGUUAUGGUAAAGAAGGUUGCCUACGGUUUUGCUCUACCCGGUCUAAUCGUCACAACCACGCUUGUAAUUCAUUUGCCAGCCAAGUAUAUCUUUGUUCGCAUAUUGCAAGGAUCCAGGCAUCUUGUCGCCAAUACGGUAGUACACUGGACAACUUGGUUGGGCUGUACAUUUGGUAUCGCGGUAACUGCCUAUAUCAUUGCCAGUGCGAUCCCUGUCUUUGGGAGUCUUGUCUCACUAGUGGGUGCUCUACUGGGUACACUCAUGGCAUUUCAGCCGAUGGGCUGCAUGUGGCUAUACGAUAACUGGAGCCGCGGAAAGCUGGCCACUGACCGCAAAUGGGCUUUGAUGGUUUGCUGGAGUGUUUUCGUUGUACUCUCUGGAACGUUCUUGAUGGUUGGUGGUACUUAUGGGUCUAUUGUCAACAUUAUUGAUACUUACAGAGAAUCGGGAGGAUCCGCUGCCUGGUCCUGCGCCGAUAACUCCAAUUCUGUAUAAUUAAAAUAGUUAGUAAGUAGUAGGUAAGACGGAGGCACAGAUAGGAUCUGUUCUAGUCCCAUGUGUGGGAUAGAUAGUAGAUAGGAA